GGGUGACCACGUGCGGGAGCCUUGCGUCCCCGGCCUCGCUCCACUCCCCACUUUUAACGGUCACUCGGCCUUAAGCCGUCCUGGGUGUAUGUGAGGCUGAAAGGGAAGGAAGAACAGGGUCUGGGCCGCUGUGUGCUCUGCCGUCAUCUCUAAGAAACAACCAUACCACUGAAUGCUACUGUGUACUUACAAACCACACUCAUAUUCGUCACAUCAUUUCAUCUUCACCCCCACCUCCAAAUGAGGCUUGAAAAGAGAUGAGAUGUUCCUCCCCCCCCUUUCAACCACGGACCUCACACUGUGGACUUUCUCUUAGAGCCUCUGAGUUAGGUACCCCAGCAAGGCACAAUGUCCCUGCCCCCCAUAAGACUGCCCAGCCCCUAUGGCUCUGAUCGGCUGGUACAGCUAGCAGCCAGGCUCCGGCCAGCACUAUGUGAUACUCUGAUCACCGUAGGGAGCCAGGAGUUCCCCGCCCACAGCCUGGUGCUAGCAGGUGUCAGCCAGCAGCUGGGCCGCAGGGGCCAGUGGGCUCUGGGAGAAGGCAUCAGCCCUUCUACCUUUGCCCAGCUCCUGAACUUUGUGUAUGGGGAGAAUGUAGAGCUGCAGCCUGGGGAGCUAAGGCCCCUUCAGGAGGCGGCCAGGGCCUUGGGAGUGCAGUCCCUGGAAGAGGCAUGCUGGAGGGCUCGAGAGGACAGGGCUAAAAAGCCAGAUCCAGGCCUGAAGAAACAUCAGGAGGAGCCAAACAAACCCUCAAGGAAUCCUGAGAGAGAACUGGGGGACCCUGGAGAGAAGCAGAAACCAGAGCAGGUUUCUAGAACUGGUGGGAGAGAACAGGAGAUGUUGCACAAGCACUCGCCACCAAGAGGCAGCCCCGAGAUGGCAGGAGCAACGCAGGAGGCUCAGCAGGAACAGUCCAGGUCAAAAGAGAAACGCCUCCAAGCCCCUGUUGGCCAAAGGGGAGCAGAUGGGAAGCAUGGAGUGCUCAUGCGAUUGAGGGAAAAUCCAGGGGGCUCUGAGGAAAGUCUGCGCGAGCUCCUUGGCCCCCUUCCCCCAGCAGGCUCCCUGCAAACCAGCGUCACCCCUAGGCCCUCGUGGGCUGAGGCCCCUUGGUUGGUGGGGGGCCAGCCUGCCCUGUGGAGCAUCCUGCUGAUGCCGCCCAGAUAUGGCAUUCCCUUCUACCAUAGCACCCCCACCACUGGAGCCUGGCAGGAGGUCUGGCGGGACCAGAGGAUCCCACUGUCCCUAAAUGCCCCCAAAGGGCUCUGGAGCCAGAACCAGUUGGCCUCCUCCAGCCCCACCCCAGGUUCCCUCCCCCAGGGCCCUGCACAGCUCAGCCCUGGGGAGAUGGAAGAGUCUGAUCAGGGGCACACAGGCGCACUUGCAACCUGUGCGGGUCAUGAGGACAAGGCAGGCUGCCCACCUCGCCCGCACCCUCCCCCGGUCCCUCCUGCUCGGUCUCGGCCCUAUGCGUGCUCUGUCUGUGGAAAGAGGUUUUCACUCAAGCAUCAGAUGGAGACGCACUACCGAGUCCACACAGGAGAGAAGCCCUUCUCCUGUAGCCUUUGUCCUCAGCGCUCCCGGGACUUCUCGGCCAUGACCAAGCACCUGCGGACACACGGGGCCGCUCCGUACCGCUGCCCCCUGUGCGGGGCCGGCUGUCCCAGCCUGGCCUCCAUGCAGGCGCACAUGCGCGGUCACUCGCCCAGCCAACUCCCGCCCGGAUGGACCAUCCGCUCCACCUUCCUCUACUCCUCCUCGAGGCCGUCUCGGCCCUCGACCUCUCCCUGUUGUCCUUCUUCCUCCACUACCUGACGGGGUGUCGGUAGCGUCUUAGCCAAGAGUCCAAUUAAACGAAAAGCAGGCCGGCUCGGCUUCUGACCUGGCACCGCUGCUACGGCGGCCUAGCAAAUUCCGCCCCCGAAGCGCCCCAGGAAGGGCGCCGAGUGCCCUCUCCUGGACGAUCGCGGGUCGCAGAAGCCCAGGCCAGCGAGCCCUACAGGGUGAGGACACUGAAGUGUACAGGAACGAAGGUUAACAGUAGGGGGGAUUGUCGAUCUCAUCACCAUAAUAAAGAGUUUCCUGUGCCCUCCCUUCAGGACUAGAAAGCCGAGUUUAGUCUGUGCACACCCCCGCCCACGCCCCUUGUCCUGUAGCGGCCCCUGGUGGCCCUGCGACCGCCGUCCAGCGGGGUGGACACUUUCUUCCACCCCCGAGGCGCCCCGUCCUCCCCAGGAGGCAGCCGGCCGCGAGGACUCGGUGUCCGGGCACACCUCGCGGCAUGCCGGUCCUGGGCUGGUGGGAGCUUGUGCGAUCGCAAGUCACUCGCCCCUUCCACUGCAAUCCAUGGCGCGCGGAGUCUGAUCUGGGAACGCUCGGCCCCCGCGAGAGAGGAACGCGUGCUCCGACCCUGCUUUCGGCCACCCGCCUCCUCUCCGGGAGCACACCGACACCGAGACCGCGGCCUCUCCGGCGUCUUCCCUCCACACUGUGCCGAGCCGCCGCCAGGUCGCGCCUGGAAAGGAGACUGACUAUGCUUUCCACCGCUCCUUCUCCAGCCCACGCCUCCUGCAGCCGCGAACUGCAUUUCCCAGGGCGUCGGGGGGUCCCGGGGCCCGAGCCCGCGGCACCCUGGGAGUGGUAGUCCACGCUGGCCGCCGGCCUAGCCAAGAACAAUGGGAGGAGCCUGGGGCUAGGACCACACCUCCCGGAGACCCGGCAACCCGCUUUCCGGGUCCUGGCCGGGAACCCCGCAGUCCCGGCCCUCGCGCCCUGCCUGCCGGCGGAAGAAGCGAGGCGUCCGGACUACAUUUCCCGGAGGCCCCCGCGGCUCGCCCCUCUGCGGCCGCGACGCGGGGUCUGUGCUCCCCAGGCGCGGUCCGAGGGCGCCGGCCGGCCGCGGACUCCCUCUCCCGUGGUGCCCUGCGCGUGGCCGGCCCGGCCCCCGGCCUCCGGCGGCCCCGCGGCGGCGCUGGUUGUUGUCGUGCGCCGCGGCCGCCCCGCCCCGCCCCCGCUCUCUCCCCUCCCCCCGGCCCUGCGCAC